GUAUUUUGGUGCAGCUCCUAAAUAGCCUUGGACUCAACAUUUCGGUCAAUAACAACCAUCUGGUCGCCGCAUUUUCCCARGUGAUGGAAGCCAUGAAUAGCGUGGGUUCAAAACCAAAUGCUUCAGACCUCAGCGACUAUUUCAUCAUUAGGAAAAUCAGCAGAUUACUUCGCGCCAACGAGAAUUCGUCCCGUAAAUCAAAGAAUGCUAGAACCUUUCUGGGGAUACUCCUUGCUCGACAGAAAACAUGUGAUUAUGCCGAAAUCUCUAAAGAACUUAAAGAAGAAAUUGGUAAUGAGGGAUUUAAGAGGCUGCUUAAUGUGGAUGGUAAAGUUACUUUAACCUUUGUAAUCGACAUCAGUGGGAGCAUGAAGUUAGUCAUCCCUAAAGUAAAACAGAUUGCUUUAAGCAUUGCAGAAUACAAAUCAAUCAAACAUGUUGACUAUGUCUUGUCAACUUUUUCCGAUGAUUCCAAAGGAACCAAGCUUCUUGGCAAUGUUCAAAACUUUGAUAAUCUCGAGAAUUUCAUAGAAGCACUUGACGAUAUGCUAUCAGUUCGUGAUUAUUUUAAAGAGAAGACUGGCGACUGUCCUGAGCCAGCGUACGCCGGCAUCAUAAAAGCAAUUACAGUUGGCAGUCCACAACGUGGUUCACCUAUGUACGUGUUCACGGACGCACCGCCGAAGCCAUUUGGAGAGUUCACAGAGGAUAACGCGAUAUAUCACGCUCAGAAAAAUAAAAUACCCAUCACUUUUUUCGUAUCGAACUCAUACUGUUCUCGACGAGCGAGGCAUUAUUACAGGAACAUCACAGAGGCAACUGGAGGAUUGGCUUUUGGAUUUAGAAUACGUUGGUCGACAAGAAAACUCAAGCGGAUGAUUAAAGGCAGUCUUGAUGGCACGUCUAUUAUUGCCAGUAAAAGGUCAAAGAGAAGGCAAAAAUCCAAACGAGGAAUUAGAAUCGAUGCCAAAAGCUUUUAUAUUGAUGAUAUCGCUCACGAGGGAACCAUUGAAGUUGAGGCUAAAGGCACGAUGAUUCAUCUUUUUAAUCCCAUUGGAAGGCAAAUACUUCCUGAAAGAAAAAGCCGCAAAAGGCUAUCUUGGACCAUUCUCAGACCACUGAGAGGAAAAUGGACAUUUAUUUCUACAGCCAGAAGUUUAAAAUUUGGGGUUAAGUCACAAUCGCAGUUAGACAUUACCUUGGAUUGGAAAUUCAURAGGAAAGGAUCUAUUAUAGAUCAUCCAAUCAUAGGAGAUAAAGCCACRGUGAAAAUUUGCAUCCCAAAUUUAUCGCGAUUGCGGAAAAAUACGUUGUCUCUUCCURSUGACUGGAAWCUUUUAUCUCAUGAUGAGGAUUUCUACAUCUACCAAUCAAGGGYUGCCCUUACAGACGAACACUUCAAAAUACCUUUGAAAGGGAAAACCUUGUCAGGCUUUGCUUUCACAAGGGAGUCAGUURUCAUCCAACCCAAGAUCGCUGUAAUCAGRUCCAACAUGCGUCCCUGGCUGUUUUCUCCAAAACCAGGACAGARGUUCACUUAUACAGCAUCAGUUGACUACGCCAAGGACAAACCACAAUGGUGUAAAAUUAAAUUUGCAGUUAACAAAGAAGACGGUAGUUUUGAUCAAACAAGGAUYUCCAUGGGCGAGAACCUGAUCUCCCAUAUUCUGACUGCACCUGCCCAAGGUCRCAUUAUUGUGAAGAUUAUGAUGAAAUGUGACGAUUCUGAAAUMAACUUCCAGGAUGGCCCCUUCUCCGUAAGCGACUAAAUCAUGAUUCGGRUAUAUACGUAUUAGAGUUAGACGACAGGGUCGUGUUGAAACUUGCAAAAUAAAGAGGUGAACUUUAAACAUUCAA